AUGCAACCUAUCCUGAUUUUCUUCUGUCCAUAUGCUCGCGAUCAUGUCUAGCGGUUCUAUAUAUGAACUCGACGCACAGCCAACAUGCCCUGCUCCUGUAUUCUCUCUUUGCCGUCGUUGACUUGCACAUUCCCCGGUCCUUGAAACUCACUGUCCUUCAAGUAUAAUUCGGGAGCCAGCUAGACGUGCUUGGCCUCUCUCUGUCGCUCUUUACAGUCUUUCGUUACGUUCUAGGAUCUGGACAUGUCCCUCCGGAACUUGGCCUUCCUUGGGCUAACGCUCUCCGCGUUGGCUGGCGCACAGAACGUGGUCAUCUCAGACGACGACGGGUGGGCGACAGCGCAGAUUCGGGCGCAGUAUGCGUCCUUCACAGAGGCGGGCUACAAUGUGGUCCUCUCUUGCCCGGCGCUGAAUCAGUCGGGGAAAGGCUCAUCGUCCAAGACGCCUACGCCGAUGACAGAGCCGUGCGAGUUCGAUUCCUGCCCUGCAGGAUCGCCGGCGCAAGGGUACAACGCGAGUGAUCCACAAUUGAAUUACGUUAACGGGUACCCCGUUGAUGCGGCUCAGUACGGGGUUGAGGAGCUUGCUCCGAAGUACUUUGGAGGAUCCCCGCCGGACUUCUUGGUGAGCGGACCAAAUAUCGGAACCAACCUGAACAUCAUCACCCAGUUUUCUGGAACGAUCGGCGCAGCGUCCACAGCAGCGAAGCUCAGUGUUCCUGCCGCAGCGUUCUCUGGUACCUCCGGCUCUCAAGUUUCCUACACGACUCUCAGCUCCGAUCCGAACGCGACAGCAAUCCUAGCCGCACGUCUCUACGCGUCCCUCACGACGCACUUCCUGCAGACCCUGCUUUCUGCGGCCGCAGACCUACAGCCGACGUCAAUCCUCCCGAACGACACGAUCGUGAACGUAAACUACCCCGCGAUCGACGACUGCCCUGACGUGUCUGACUACAAAUGGGUGUUCGCGCGGAACCUAUGGAACCCGCUCGCCACGGACGUCGAGACGUGCGGGAGUAAGCACUUGCCGGAUGAGGUCAGCGUGGUGGACAAGGAUGGGUGCUACGCCAGCGUGUCGGUGCUGAGUGCGAGCACGAAGACGGAUGUCGGGAGCGACGUGCAGGCGGAGGUGCUCGCGAAGCUCCAGGGGCUGCCGUUCAGCUGCUUGCCUUGAUCCCUUCGUGACUGAGGCUCAUACGCAUGAUUUUAGUGUAGGAUCACUGUAGUGCGAAUGAAAUUGUACACCCAUGUCUCAGCAAGCUUAAAAUAUAUGGACUUUGAAAUUUGAA